GAACCUCACCCACAAAAUCCCUGACACACUAAGAAAGUGAGAAGACAAACGACGAACAAUUGGAAAGUGCAGCACGAAAUGUUGUAUUUCACACUCAUUCUUCUCUUCCUGCCAUCCGCCCCUUCAUGGGCAUUCAACCCCGGCGGCGGUGUAAGAAGGGUGGAGUCCGCGGAGGCGUCUUUACCUCCCAGCGGAACUCCGACUGGGGGAAGUGGGUCGGGCCAUGGGCCUAACUGGGACUACAAUUGGGGAUGGGGCUCCAGCCCGGGGAGCGGAUGGGGUUACGGGUCAGGGUCCGGACGUUCUCCGAGCGGGUUCGGAAGGGGAUUCGGAUACGGCUUCGGGACCGGGACUGGAUCGGGUACCGGGUAUGGCUAUGGGUCCGGUGGCGGCGGAGCCCAUGGAGGCGGGUACGGGUCGGGUUCUGGAUCCGGACACUCCGGAGGAGGCGGCGGGGGUGGCGGCGCCGGUGGCGGGGCCGGAUUCGGCAAGCGUUCGCCGUCAGGCGCUAAAGGCCGGAAUGGCUAAAGAAACUGGUUCGUGGUUUGUGCUUUUAGGAGAGAGUGGUGAUUGAACUUAUAUACAUAUUACAUAUGUAGUGAGAUUUAUGGUGUGUUAAAGAUGUUUAUCUGCUUGUGUUUCUUAUAAUUCCAUACACUACUAGUAUGUACUGCUACUUCUAGUAUUGAAUCGGAACAUAGAUACAUACUACUACAUAUUCGGAUCUAUA